UUGACAGGCAUGGGCUUGCACCGCGUGUAGAACUUCCCAGAGCUGAUAGGCAAGCCCUGGGAAGGGGCCGAAUGAGAGAAAGCCGGACCGUUGAUCUUCCGCUGUAAGUCGCUCCAUACACCCAAAUACACCCAAUGGUGAGAUGGCUUCGCGGCACGCUUAUCUUUGCGUUGUCAACGUUCUGGUGCCGAGUGAGAACCCCCGUUCCUUCCGACCACCCAAACUUUAAUAGAAUUUUUGCGCCAUCGCAUCUGUGUCAUCCGAAAUGGGUAAUGUUCAAUUGGAGGAUGCGCCUUUCCCGCUGACCGAGGUCGACAAGUGGGUCCUCUCGCAGACGGACGAGGAGUUCAAGAAACAUAACUGGGAGGAGCUCAAGGAGAUUAUCAAGACGAACAAGCUAGAGGUCUUGAAGAGGAAGCCCUCGGACCUGCGUCGAUACAUGAAAUGGACGGCCGAGACCAAGGCCGAGUACGGCUCCAUGACCCAAUACCUUCUCGCGAACCGCCUGCCCAAGUCUUGGGGGCCGCCGCCAUUCACGCCGAAGUCCCUGAUUCCGUUCGAGGAUCCCUCGGACUACCGGGUUCUCGCUAAUGACUGGCCAUACGGACUGGAUGCGGGCAUUACCCACCUCGUUGUCUGGUCGCGCACAAUUAUCGCGACGGACCCAGACACAGGAGACAUGACACCAGAGAGCAGACACAGCGUCCGGGAAUUCGUCAAUAGAUAUUUUGUCGACAGCCUUGGAGAGGGCGGAGCGGAGCGGGUUGUCUGGUUCAAGAACUGGGUCGCCUUGCAGAGCGUUCGGGCGUUGGAGCACAUCCACGUGCUGGUGCGAGAUGUAGAUGCCGAAGUCAUCAAGAAGUGGACAGAGGAGAAGCCGUGGCAUAGACAAAACUGAAGGAGGCCAGUUUCGAUGGACGCGAUUAGAUACGUUGCCCU